AUGACAUCAACUGAACAAGCUUCACAUAAAAUAUUAUCAGAUAAAGCAGCAUUAAUUCCAUCAUUUUUAAAAACAAAAGGACUCUUCAAUCAGCACAUUGCAAGUUUCAAUUAUUUUGUUGAUGUUGAAAUCAAAAAUAUUGUAAAGGCAAACGAUAAAAUUACAAGUGAUGCAAAUCCAGUCUUUUAUCUCAAAUAUAACGACAUUAACGUUGGAAUGCCAUCAAGCGAAGAAGGAUUUAACAUAAUCAACGAAAAAAUAACUCCACACGAAUGUCGACUUCGAGAUAUGACAUAUUCUGCCCCAAUAUACGUUAAUGUGGAAUAUACAAGGGGAAAUCAGCGAGUUGUAAGCAAAAAUAUUGUUAUUGGAAGAAUGCCUAUAAUGCUACGUUCUUCUCGUUGUGUUCUUUCAAAACUUUCUACUGAAGAGGAAAUGGCUCAUGCGAGUGAAUGCCCUUAUGAUCCUGGCGGUUAUUUUGUUGUGAGGGGGUCGGAGAAAGUUGGUAUGAAUUUUACUUUUUGUAUUUGGAAUGGGGUUGUCAGUAAAUUCUUUAGAUAUUUGGAACGAAUUUAA